AUGUGCUAUACAUCGUUUUCCAAAGUGGCUCUCAUCAGAAGUCUUGAUGAAAAGUUUGUGAAAUGGGAAACAGCCAAGAACACUCAGAUCAACAAUGCCGGUAAUAAGAUGCAGCAAUCGACAGGAGACAAGAGAUUAUACGUGGCUAGUGGGAAAGAGCCACCUGUCGACUUGGAAGCUCAAGAUUACAAGAAACCAAAAGAUCAUUUACUCGAGAUUGCCCAGGUUACGGUGAAUUGGAAAUAUGGGAGAUUGAAAACCUGUGAAGCUGCCCUUGCAUACUUUGUGGCCAUUACAUCCCUUGCAGUUCCCUCGUGGGCCAUUUACAUGGGAUGUAUUGAUGAGUUGAUGGAUGUCUACCUUUCAAGGUUUGUGGGAAUAAUUUUGAUGCUACUAUCUAUAGUGGUCUCAAGCUUGGAUUUGCAGUAUUGUAUGACUAUGGUUGUAUUGAGAAAUCUACAACAAGAGACCAACUUGAACAAACAUGAUAUAUGUGAUAUUGGACUAUUAACUAAGUGUGUGUCUGGUGCAGUAUUCGUUAUGUCAGUAUGUUGCAUAUUAGUAAUGGGUACGUUUAUUCCUCACAAACCCUUCGACAAUAGGGGCGAGCUAAUACUUCUCAGUAUACUCCCUUUGCAAUCCUGCGGCAUGCAUUUGCUCACUCGAGGAAAGCCAUGGCCACCAAUAAUUCCUCGACGAUGUGUUGAUUACGAUGAUGUCGAAAGGUUACUCGAGGUGGUUUUCAAGGAAGGAACAAACAUCGAGAUAUUUUUUACGCCACAGUUUAAAGGUGGCUCAGUGAUUGAAAGAAUUUCGUACCGAAAGAUACCCAACAAAGUGGGGUGA